GAAUAUUGGCCGUAACUCGUCGAACAGAAUUUAGCUGGUAUCCAACCAAUUUUUAAAUUCAUUUUCUUGAAUUAUGUGUAUUUAAUGUAUUAUUUUCUAAUUCAUUACAGAAGUACUGUAUAAUAGUUUCAAUAAUUUGUGACCUAUGUUCUCGGAUAUUUCUAGAAUUGUACUAUAUUAUUGUCAAUAAUUAUAGUAUAUAUAACUUUCUUCAUUAUACACUUGGCCCAUUGUGUUAAUUAUAUAAGAUAAUUAAUAUCUUAUUAAUUAAAUGAAUCUAGUAUUUUCACCAACAAUUAGUUAUGCAAUCAAAUUCAAAAAUUUUAGGUUAGUUUGAAUUGUUUUUACACAAUACUGCAAUGCCUCCAAUACCAUUAGAAGGCAAUCAGCCAAGCAUGAGCAAUGGUCUGCCACCAGAAGGAUCUUUGUCAUUAUCAGUUUUGAUUGAUUUUAUAGUACAACGUACUUACCAUGAGCUUACUGUUCUUGCAGAAUUAUUACCACGUAAAGCAGAUAUGGAGCGCAAAAUUGAAAUUUAUAAAUUUGCAAAUAGGACGAGACAAUUAUUUGUUCGUCUUCUGGCACUUGUGAAAUGGGCAAAUAGCGCUUCAAAAGUCGAUAAGUCCACUCAAAUAAUGGGUUUUUUGGACAAACAGUCAUUAUUAUUUAUAGAUACUGCUGAUAUGUUGGCUAGAGUAGCUCGUGAAACAGUUGUAUCAGCUCGAUUGCCAAAUUUUCAUAUUCCAUCUGCUGUUGAAGUAUUAACGACUGGGACUUUUUCUAGAUUACCUGCUUGUAUUCGUGAACGAAUUGUACCUCCUGACAAAAUUACUCCAGCAGAAAAACGAGAAACUCUCUUACAACUUAAUAGAGUUAUUCAACAUCGAUUAGUGUGUAGCAAUCUCAUCAGUGAAAUGAGUUGCAAAAAAGUAGCAAAUGGUCGUGUUACAUUUCGUGUGGAAAAUGAAUUCCAAGUGUCUCUUACACUAAUGGGAGAUAAUCCAAACAUACCAUGGAGGCUUUUAGACAUUGAAAUAUUAGUUGAAGACAAAGAAACUGGUGAAGGUAAACCAUUAGUACAUCCCUUACAAAUCCAGUAUAUUCAUCAAGUAGUGCAAGCUAGAUUAUUGGAGUGUUGUAGUAUUGGUGAAGAACCACUUACUCAAGUUUAUAUGGUUUUACACUACUUCUGUCAAUCUUUACAACUAGAAGUGCUAUUUUCACAAACUAGAAUAUUAUGUAAAGAUAGAUUAGAUGGUCAUAUUCACAUAACUGAAUACACAGCAGGAAAGUGUAUAGUAGUCUCAUACUGGAGAGAGUUAUCACGAAGUGUAUCUGAACAGUUUGGUUACUCAUUAACUGUGUAUGUAGAUGAUAAAGAACCAAAUAAGUCAUUAUCAAUAUCACAUUCUCCAUCAUUAGGUAUGAAAGAUGCUGAAAUCACUGAAAAAUCAAUUGGCACUGAUCAAUUAUCGAUGGAAAGACUCUUAGUGCAUACAAUUUAUGUGAGAACUAAAAUUCGUUUAUCAGAACUUAAAGUAGAAUUAGAAAAUAUGUUGAAAGAUGUAGAAUGUAAUUUACAAGGUUCACCUGCUAUAUUAUCAGUGGCCAUUUUAAAUCCUUGCUUACGUGCUGAACAAUUACUGGUAACAGUAGACACACAUACUGGAAUGCUUCAAUGUCAUGUCCCUGAAUUUAAUCCACCUUGUAUAGUUCAAUUACAACAGGCAUUGAAUAGUGAACACUCUAAAAUACCACUUCUAAUAAGUGAUUUGAGAUUUUGGAUUACUCAACGUCGUUGUGAAGCAACAUUACAACAUCUUCCAGCUACAGCAUAUGAGCGUUUACCUGUAUUGCAUCAUCCUGAUCACCCAAUGUCAAAAAUAAGUCGCCAUCGUAUGUUUAUAAAGUUGCAUAAAAUAUCUAACAUGAUAUUGAUUGUUGAGUUCUCUGAAAAUGAUAAAUCUCCUUGUAAAAUAGAAUAUAAAUUUUACCUGGCGAAUGUUAAAAAGUCAUCAAUUGAAGAUAAUCCUAAUGAUGAAACAAUUGAAACAGAUAUACCUAAAAUGUACUUAAAAGUUUUAACUUUGCUAACUAUAGAGAAAUUUGUUGCUACACAUGGACCUUUUACUGCUGUUAUCGAAGAGCAACAAGAAAAAAUUGAUCCUAAUAACCGCAAAAGAACUAUCAUACGUAAUGAUCAACCACGAAAAAUCCCUAAGCAUCCUGCUUAUUUUAUUCCAGAACUUGCUCAUAUAGUUGCAUUAUGUGAUGAACGAUUACCAUUUACUGUAUUAGCUCAAGAAUUAACAAAAUGUGGUAUUAGUAAUCAAGGUGUACAAAUUGAAGCCAAUGCAACAACAUUCGUUUUAAAAAUUUUAUCUUUACCACCUCCUACUGGUAUUGAACCAACUAACUCUAAAUGGGUAUCACUAUGUAAACGUUUGUUGUCUAUAUCUAUCAGAGUCUAUGGAAAAGGGACAACUCGUUGUUGGACUGCUGAAUAUGUAUUUUAUGGAAGCCCUUUACCUAGUAGACAUAGUAAAGAACAAGGAGCUCGUCGACCAGUUUACAUAAACUAUGAUGUUAGUAUUGCUGAAAAUAUUUCUAAAACUGUGGAAACAAUAUUAAAUGACUGGUUUCAGAUAGUACAUCUAUACUUUUUAGUUGAAGAUUUAUCACCCUAUUUACAGUUAGAAAAGAAUAACUUAGCGUCUAUGAUAAGUAUCAAAAGUUACAAUUAUUUAAAACUUAUUAUUGGUUAUGGUACUCAUAGACGUUCAACUGCUACGAUCCACUGGAACUCUUCAACUAAUGGUUUUAGCAUAGUAUUUGGAUCUCUCAACAGCAGUAUUAAUCCUCACAAUUUAAUAAAAGAACAAUUUGAGGGUUACCUUAAUAAUAAUAAAAAAUUAUCAAUGCUCAUUCAUGAAAUGUUAGAUACAUUGAAUCCACUAAAUGCAAUUUGUAAAUUACCCUCAAUCCCACAACUGUGUGUUAUACAAGUUCGGCCAACGGUACCAGUUAUUACUUUUGGAAUUGUGGCUAAUUCAACUAAUUUAAUUAAAGUUAUUUAUGAAGGACAAUAUUGUCUAGAAAUAACUUUAAGAUGGGGUAAUUUAGUUAGUGUAAGAGAUGGAGCCUACAGUAGAUAUGAUAGAACAUCUGUCAUAUCAGAUUAUAUACCAACUCCUGGCUUAAAAGCAUUUUUGUCAAAAUAUGUAGAUGAAUCUAGUAUGUUCAGAAGGCGAUCUCAGUCUGAAGAUGACAACCCUCCAUCACCUAUUACUAUGGAUAAUGUUGAUGGAAACUUCUUGAGUAGUUCUUCUCAUAGAGGGCCGCAAUCACCUGCACAAGGCUUGAGAUUCCACCCUCCAGGUAAUACACCCCCAGGAAGUAAUCCUCACACACCAGCAAGUCCACAUCCUGCUGUAAGUGUUACUGGUAUAUCACAAAAUAAUCAACAAUUUAGCAAUAGUCCUGCUACAUCUUUUAAUUUAGCAUCUCCACCAUCAUUACCAUCGGCUAUUAAUCCAUCACCAUCAAUGCUUCCACAUCCUUCACCUGGUUCUAGUUUAUUGGCAAGUUCUCCAUCAAAUCCUCUCCAUGUUCCAAGCCCAGCAGGAAUGUUAUCCAAUUCUUCUCCAGGUCCUGGAUCAGGUUUUGGAUUGAGCUCUAGUACUCAUCCACCUGAAGUAAGUCCAUUUCCUUCACAGAGUAUGACAUCACCUGCUGCUUCAAAUUGGCCUGGAUCACCUGGAUUGCCUCGUCUAUCUCCAGCUAGAGCCCAAGGGCAAUCUCCAGCAAGUCAUUCUUUACAAAGUCCAGAUCAUAAAAGUAGCUUUACACAUACAUCAAGAGUACUGCCACAGAAAUCUUGGGCUGGAGCAGUUCCUACUAUUAUAACACAUGAAGCUUUAAAUGCAUUAUGUACUCCAACAGCUCAUCCUCAAGGACUUCCUGCACCUAAACAAUGCCCGUUGGAGAGGUUUUUAGGCUGUGUUUAUAUGAGAAAAAAUUUACAGCGUUUUGUUCAGACUGAAGAAAAUCUCAUAGCACUAAAUUGUUCUGAACCUGGUGUUGUAAAUUUUAAAGUUGAAACAUUGCAAUGUCGAAUAUUUAUUAAUAUGCAACAUUUCCAAUCAUUACAUUUAAAAAUAUCAUGUACCCCAGAACAAAAAGAUCCAUGGACUAUGGAAGAACUAAAUAUUUUGGAAAAAUUCUUUGAAACUAAAGUAGCAAUACCACCUUGUAAGCCAAAUACCUUAUUAGGUUUUACUCGUAUGUUAAAUUGCCCUUAUACUGUACUUAAAGAUUUUAUACAAAUAAUUAAAUUAGAAAUGAUACCAGGACUUAUUCAACAACAACAAAUGAAGUGGGCAGUUCAAUGGUGUUUACGAAUCCCACCUUCAGCAACCCCUAUUGUACCUGUUGGUAAAGAAGCUUUACUGAUUUGUCGUAAUAAAAUUUUAUUCUUUUUACAAAUUACAAGAAUUGGUAUAACUUAUAACGGAAAUGAAGUUCCAUCAUUAGUUUUACCACUUGUGUAUGAUACUGCUACAAAUCUGACUCAAUUGGCAGAAAAAAGAGAUGGUGGUCCUGCUUCUGCAAUAUCUGCUGCAAGUUUACAUUUAAAAAGAUUUGCUGAAUUUGCACUUAAUCAUAACGAAUGCUCUAUAUUUCCAGCUGUUAGAGACCUUAUGACAAAUUUUGUGCUCCCUUCAGAACCACAACCACAAAUGUCUCCUGCCUCUAUGAAUAUGCACCCACAAAUGGGUCCAGGUGGUCCAGUACCUUCACCAUUAAUGGGACAACACAUGAUGAAUCAAAACUCAGGUAUUGUCGGACAAAAUCCUAGUAUGAUGGGACAAAAUCCUGGCAUGGUUGGACAAAAUCCAGGUAUGGUUGGACAAAAUUCAAAUAUGAUUAGCCAAAACCCAAAUAUUGUUGGACAAAAUCCUUGUAUGGUUGGACAAAAUUCUAAUAUGAUGGCACAAAAUCCUAACAUUGUUGGACAAAAUCCAAAUAUGAUGACCCAAAAUCCUAAUAUGAUAGGUCAAAAUCCUAAUGCAGUUGGACAGAAUCCCAAUAUGGUAGGGCCAAAUUCUAACAUGGUCGGACAAACUCCUAAUAUGAUUGGGCAAAAUCCUAAUAUGGUAGUUCAAAAUCCUAACAUGGUUGGUCCCGGACAAAAUUAUAGUGGUGUUCAAAUGUCUAAUAUGGGACCUCAACAUGGAAUGAUGUCAUCUCAUCAGUGACAUAAAGCUUAUUAUUAAAAAUAGUCAUGUAUUAUGUCAAUAAUAUAUUUAACAUUAAAAUGUAAUGGAAUUUUAAUGUUUUAUAA